GCCUCUGGCUCCGCUGUGCCCGCCUCCUCCCGGCUUCUUGCCUCUCUGCCUGCCUGCGGGCAGCCGGAGGACAAGCCCUGUCCAGAAAAGCUUGACCUUCAUCUCAGCUCCAUUCCCUGCAAACAGCCAUGGUAUCCAGAUCCCCACCAAAUGGGGCUCAGGGGCUGCUCACCUUUGAGGAUGUGGCUGUCAUUUUCUCCCAGGAGGAAUGGAGGCACCUGGACUGUGCUCAGAGAGCACUCUACAAGGAUGUUAUGUGGGAAAACUACAGGAACCUGGCAUCUGUGGGAUUUCCCUUCCCCAAACCAGAGCUCAUCUUAUCCCUAGAACGAGGUGAAGAAUUGUGGCUACCUGAUGGCCUGGGAUCUUCAGAAAGGAGAAGGAUCCUAUUCUGCAUAGCAGGGGACAAGCCUGGGACUCCUUCCAGGCUUCAGAAAGAUCUGGAAGAAGUGGGGGACCUCAAAGGACACAUUUCCAGAGCCCGGACAGAUAGUUCACCUUCUCCAGCAGAGGACAAGCCAGGGACUCCUCCCAGGGUUUGGAAGGGCCUGGAAGAAGAUGGGGACCUUGAAGGACAACCGUCCAGAACCCGGAUGGAUAGUUUGCUUUCUCUAGCAGAUGACAAGCCAGGGACUCCUCCUAGGGUUUGGAAGGACCUGGAAGAAGUGGGGGCCCUUGAAGCACAACCCUCCAGAGCCCCUCUGGAUGGGAAUAAGGCCUUUGUCGCUGUCCCUACCCAGAUUAUCUACUGGUGCACAUCAGACAACAAGGAGCUGAUUCCUUGCUCUGUGGACUUCACCCCCCUGCCACCCCCAGGCCUUCCCAACCCCUACAAGUGCUCUCAUAGCAGCAAAGAUUUCAUCCACAUCUCCAACUUCUCUCGUUACCAGCGAACCUAUCAGUGCCCUCAGUGUGGCAAGCAGCUCAGCUGGAACUCUGACUUCAGCCGCCACCAGCGCACCCACAGUGGUGAGAGGCCUUUCAGCUGCCCACUCUGUGGGAAGCGCUUUGGCCACAGCUCUGACUUUAACCGCCACAAGCGCACACACACUGGUGAGAGGCCCUACAGAUGUUCGGAGUGCCCUAAGUGCUUUACCCGCAACUCGGACCUGGUCACACACCAGCGAACACACACAGGGGAGAAGCCUUACUGCUGUGCAAACUGUGGCCGGGGCUUCAGCCGCAGCUCAUCACUGGUCACACACCAGCGAGUUCACACCGGCGAGAGGCCCUACCAAUGUCGAGACUGUGGCAAACGCUUCAGCCUCAGUCCGGACCUUAUCAAGCACCAACGCAUCCACACGGGGGAGAAGCCCUACAAAUGCAACCACUGCGUCAAGUGCUUCAGCCAUCGAGCCAACCUCAUUACCCACCAACGAGUCCACACAGGGGAGAAGCCCUACAAAUGCCAAGACUGUGAGAAGAGCUUCAGCCAGAGCUCACACCUCAUUAUUCAUCAGCGGGGGCAUACAGGGGAGCGCCCUUAUCGCUGCAGUGACUGCAAGAAGGGCUUCAGCAGCCGCUCCUACCUCAUCACCCACCGCCGCGUCCACACUGGUGAGAAGCCAUAUUCCUGUGGAGUGUGUGGGAAGAGCUUCAGCCAGAGGACCAAUCUUCUUACGCACCAGAAGCUCCAUGGGAUGGAGAAGGGAGUAGUGGGAAGGACAACUUCCAAUGGAAUUGCUAGGCUCGGGGGAGAAGCUGGAGUUCCUAUCCCAUAAUUUCAAUGCAUUGAAUGCUUAUUAAGGAUACAAAGAUGAAAAAAGGACAGCCUCUGUCCUCAAGUAACUUAUGCCCUAUUAGCUUGAAUAACUCCUUUUGGAGGACUUCUGUAGGAGGGGAGGGGAAGGCAAGAGAAUGAGAUGGGAAAGAUUUCUUGACAUUUCUAUUAUGCAGGGUUUCCAGGAGCAGCUUCCUGUUCUAAAUGGGUGAUUGGUCAUUUGCUGACUCUUGUACUCCAUUAUUUCCUUAGGGGAAUCUGUAAGAGUUUCUCAAAGUGAUAGUAGUAGAAAGAACUCUCUACUAGAAAUCAGGAGAUCUGGGUUCAAAUUCUGACUCUGUGACCUCAGGUAAAUAAUUUCCUCUAAUUGGGUCUCAGUUUCCUCAUUAUAAAAUGAAGGAGAUAGGGCAGCUAGGUGGUGAAGUGGAUAGAGCACUGG